AUGGUGUCUAGGAUUAUGUGUAUCACAUUGUUAGUGGCUGUUGCAAGUGGUGCAACGUGGCGUGGCAAGCUUCCCCUAAAACCAGAACAUCUUUUACAUAAAGAAGGGUGUUAUGUGAAGGAGAUUGGUGACGUCAUCCCCUUCGGCGAAUCAGUGUCUCCUUUGGGCAUCUGCUAUCGAAUUGAAUGUAGUCAGCGCGAAAUCAAUUAUUCUACGUGUGGUGGCAUCUCAGUAGUAGAUUCACCUAACUGCUAUACUACGGAUAUAGAUCUAAGCCAGAGCUAUCCCAGCUGCUGUCCAGAUGUCAAAUGUGACUUUGACAAUAACCUUAUUUAG